AUGACUUACGUCUCAAAUAUCACUUCCGUCUCAAAUGAUCCCAGUGACUGGCCAUAUAUCAGUUCAGAAUUUUUUUUCAGCUAUUGGACAGUGGCUACUGGCGUCGUGGUGAUAUACGAUUGGGUCUUAACACUCGGACAAGAGAUUGAACUCAUAUGGGUGAGUGACGAAAGCAACAUAAAAAAAAGAGACUGUUCUGCAAUUUCAUGA